AUGGUCCAGCCUCACUGCUGGAGUAGCGACAUCCACAGGAGUGGUGGGAACGGGGCUGAAGUGAGCAUUGAGGGAGGUCUCCUCAAAGAUCCUGGCUCAGACACUUGGGUGAAGGUUUUAAGUUCCUUGGACUGUAAAUACUCUUCUGAGCCUCUGGCAAUUCCCUGCAGCAUAACCUGGAGGAGAAGCAUGCUAAACACUGAUGGCCUCGUGGCAAAGACUGAAGAGGAGAAAGAGGUGUUGGUGUUGAUAGAGCCAGAAGAUUUUCUUAAGUGCCUCCUUUCCUUGCUUCAAAGUUUUGUUAAUGUCCCAUCAGCAAGUCAGCCUGAUCUAAACCAAGUGUUGCCUUUGGCCAGUCUGGAGGGCUCCUCCACCAAAACCUGGGGCAUUGUCAGGCUGGAUGCCUCCAGGUGUAGUCAGGAGCAGGGCAGACAGCAGGCACUGAGCCAUAGGAAGCAGAGUCCCAGCUCCCAGCCUGGCCCAGAGCUGUCUGUGACUCAGGAGGAGAUACUGGAGGCGCUGGUGGUGCCGCAGCUGUGGGGCAACACCAAAGAGCUGUUCCUAGACACGUGGCAGGAAUUUGGCCAGCGUGUUUCUGUGCUGACGAAGGCAAUAGCAAAACACCCAUACAAGAGGCAGCUGGAGUUGCAAGAGUUGCCUUUCUGCACUGCUGGGGCUGGGCCAGGGGUGUGAGUGGAGGACAGCACAGGACACUGGCAGGUGUGGAAAAGACAAAUCCAGCAGUUUUACAGAGUUGCAACAGCAACAGCUAUAGAAGAAGCACAUCCCUCCCCAAGUCUCCUGUUACAAGUCAGCCUUCACACCCCUCAGCGUACUGUUAAAAGCUUGGAGGCUGAAGGUAGGGAGUAGUGCCACAUGCUUCCUUACUUAAAGGUCCUUGUUGAUGGAGCAAAUAAGUCCUGAGUGUGAAAUCAGUUGUCAAGAAAGGCAAGGCUUGCCUCCAGAUGGGUGUUUGACUUGAACUAUAGCUUUGUUCCAGCAGUAGCUACUUACCCCUCCUGUUAGCCCUUCCUUGCCUCUCCCUACCUUGGUCUCACCCGACAGGACCUCGGGCUGGAUCAGCUCUAGGAUGGGCCCCCAGAGCCAGCCUGUCCUGGCAGUGUGACACAACCUGGACAGGAAGAACUGCUCAAGCACCUGCCCGAGCCCUCCUCUUGCCCUGCCCUUCCCAGCCAGUGCUCGUGUCAUCUGUAAGGAGAGCUAAAGUGCUUUUGCCUCUUCUUCCCUGUGUAAAAUCUGAGGGCAUUAUAAAAUCCUGCAGCCUCCUUCCAGCACACAGUCACCGCCACGGGUCUGGCUCCGCUGAAGAUCCAUCCCAGCCAGACUGCUGUUUCAACCCACCCCCAGGCAGAGGCCAGGUAACCUCCAUUGUCUUUACCUCCUUUAGAUCAGACAAACCAGCAUUGCAUUUAAAACAUCCCCUCCA